CGAGCGCUACUUCGUCAUUCGGAAACCCAUGAGCCGAGGAUCCGACAACGUCGUGUGUGUGAACAGCUCCGACCUGUGGAAAAACAAACACUUCCUCCGAACGAUUGCAGUGAUCAGCUGGAUCUUCUGUUUUGGGAGCAAUAUUGUGUUUUACUUUAUGUAUGCAGUUAGUAUUCCGCAGUUUGUGACCAUAUUAGGAAAGCAGUUCCAGGCUGAGCUGUGUCAGAACCAUUGGAGGACCAAUUAUGAGUUCAUGCAGCCAGUUGCCGGGGCACUUCUGCAAAUACACUUCUGGUACCAACUGCUGGUGUACUACCUCAUACCCCUAAUUGUGAUUGGGACAACAUACGCUCUCAUCAUUCGCAAGCUCCACAAGGCCAAGAUGGACAAGGCACUGCGUCAAGACACAGUUCGCAACACCACUGGAGGAGCGGCAGCCGGCAACCAAAAGGAGUGCGGCGCCAGCCAAAUGUCGGAUUAUCAGCAGUCAUCCCUUGCAAACUACUACCCCCCUGCAAUUAAAGUCACAUCCACCGACUCCCACCGUCUUCUCCUGCCCCCUGGCCCCAAACCCAUCAAUGGGGGCACGGCCGGCAACAGGGGGGCGUGCAAGUUAGAUCCAAACGACAACCGCCGCAACAAACCAAAAGGUUCAGCUGGAAUCUGCAGUCAAAAAAUAGCAGAGAAGAAAGCUAAGCAAGGAGUUGUCUCAACGCUAGACCGUUGUGCCAAACAUGCAAAAAUAAACGGUCAAGGUCAAAGGCAUUCUCAAGGUCAGCUGCAUCCGCAUCAAAGAGCGGCCGCUUCAAAUAAGUCAAUGAUUUUACGCGACCGUGACAGAAAUAAUACAGUUCGGAUGCUUAUUUGCGUCACUCUGUGCUUUGCGGCGUGCUCGUUUCCGAGACAAUUGCUCAAUUUUCUCGGCUAUUUUGGGUUUCGACGUCACGACCCGACUGAUAUAUGCUUCGCCGUAUUCGUUCUAUUUCUGAACUCGGCUCUGAACCCAUUGAUAAUAGUCGUAUUUUCGAGGUCAAUCCGAGCCGAAAUACGAGAAUUUCUUGUGUGUUUCAACAAUGGACGCGCGAGAAACGAGAGGAAUUUUUUAGCUAUGCAGUCGCAGCAGGGUUCAUCGCGUCAACAUAACCGGGCUGCAAGUACACGACUAGUCGAGUCCCGAGCGACUGGAAAUUGACUAUGUUCCAAAAUAAUUGGGCAAUGCCCAUCGAAAAUUGGAACACUUGCUGAAAAGAAGCACAAUGACAGAAUGAAACUGUUUUUAAAUUGAUAACUCUGUUCCAUGUACCGGAACGAAAUAAGGAUGAAAACGAUUAUCCGAUACUCUUUCUUCCUCAAAUUAUUUUAUUGAAAAUUUUCAAGGGCUGGCAUUUCAGCAGCUAUGGGUUGGGUCAGCAUUAUAAAUUGGGUUUCGAUUUCAUCAGUGUAGAUUUCAAUACUUCCUUCAAAAUCAAAGUAAAUUGUCUGUAAUUUUCUUACCCUCACUUUUCUAAUUUGUGAUUCCUGAUAUAUGUCAAUUUUAAUUUUAUGUGGCAAUAUUUUAUGAAA